CCUUGUGAGGCGGUUUAGCAGAAGUAUUGAAAGUUGUGUAGGGUGAUAGGAAGCUCAGAGCAUGAAAAAGUGCAGUCGCCUAAACCUACCGCAUGGUCGCACGACAAACUAUGCUGAAGACACUUGUCCGUUUCCACUGAACGGCUUCAGAUACUUCGCGUCCAGAGCGCACUCUGGGUUCGUUUUCAGUCGAACCGGCAGCUGAAUGGUAGACUGUUGAUUUUGACAACAUUGCCGGGACUUGACAGAGCUCCUGACGGGGAUAUGCGCCUUUGUGGACGGCGUGCUGAACCAAGAGACAGUCAACAGCAGCAACUUUGUUUCCACACUGACUAAAUCAUAUUGAAGAAGAAACUCUUAGCGCUCUCCAAGCGUUUCAGGCUGCAGCAAGUGUAGGAUUUUCGUGCGCAAUUAAAAGUUGAGACUGUUGUAGUGAGUGUGCAAGGGCACAGACCUGACUAUGGUGGAGCAGACGCACAUCAGCAACAACAGCGACGUGCUCCCAGGCGAGUCCACUGAUUCUGGGGAGAUGGACCUAGACAUGGACGCUUCCCCGACUCCCGGCUCUCCAAACUCGGCUGGGGAUAAAAUGGACAUCGCCUGGUGCAAAACCCCAUCGGGACACAUCAAGAGGCCAAUGAACGCCUUCAUGGUUUGGUCGCAGAUAGAGAGGCGCAAGAUUAUGGAACAGUCGCCGGACAUGCACAACGCGGAGAUCUCCAAGAGACUCGGCAAGCGCUGGAAACUUUUGAAAGACAGCGACAAGAUCCCCUUCAUCCGCGAGGCCGAGCGUCUGCGGCUCAAGCACAUGGCAGACUAUCCAGACUACAAAUAUCGACCUCGGAAGAAGGUGAAGUCAUCCAGCGGCAAGACUGGGGAGAAGACGGAGCGCGUGAGCGGCAGCCCCGGCGCGAAAUCUGCAUCCAGAAAGAGCUCGAAAACUCUCAGCAGGACGCACAGAAAGUCCACGGCGCUGGAGCUGACCUCCCACUCCGUCCCUGCAGACCACCACACUCUUUACAAGUCCAGAUCCGCCGCCAAACAGAUCCCCGAGAAACCAGCAAAGCGCGGGCAUGCGUUCGGGGGAUGCAGCUCCGAUAGCAGCCCGCCCUCUGUCGCCGUGCCGGCCAGCCCCACUCUGAGCAGCUCGGCGGACUCCAUUGAGUCGCCGAGCCUCUACGACGACGGGCACGCGAGCGGAAAGGAAGAUUUCAAGUACACCCGCGCGCCGUCUCCGACGCCCUCCGCUUCGCACUCGUCCUCCUCGCAGUCGUCCUCAUCGGAUGAGGAGUUCGAGGACGAGCUGGCGGACCCGAGUCCCGGCUUUGACAGCUUCAGUACCUUUGGCACCGCACCUCUGGACAGAGAUUUGGAGUUCAACUUUGAGUCAGGCUCCGGCUCGCACUUUGAGUUCCCCGACUACUGCACCCCAGAGGUGAGCGAGUUGAUAUUAGGGGACUGGCUCGAAUCGACAAUAUCAAACUUGGUGUUCACUUAUUGAGUAGAAUGAAGAAUGACUGGGGGGCUGCAGAAUCCUCCGAGAAGAGUCAGAUAACAAGUCAACGACAUGAUUCCUCGUGUUUAUCAUGCAUCAGAUACUGUGGGUUCUCAUUAUCCACUGACAAGAGUGCAGAUGAAAGUGCUUAGCUUGCUCGUUUGGUGCUGGAAGGAGGCGCGCUUUGGACGCAGACGAGGAGGGCAUUGCGCGGUGGCGAGUUCACGCUGUGCGCCCUCCUCGACUUUAAAAAGGGACGUUUUUAAACAGAAGACAAGUCUGGUCAUAUGCUUGUUUCGAUGGAGGUACUGAAUGGAGAGCACGCGAGCGAUGAUUCCCUUGCUCGCGCUUGAGGUUGUUUACCAGAAUCGUGUGUUAGACCAGCAUCGCAUGCUUUCAUUACGAUUUAAGGCUGUUGAGAAGCGUAACUGGUGUUGAUUCAUUGAAACUGAAUGGCAGCGCCAUAUGAGACGCAAAAAAAAAUAAAUAAAAAAAAUUAAAAAAAAAAGAAUACACACAAUCACCAGCUUUCCUGUCGUCAUGACAUCAGGAUUCAGACGCAACUCAGAUGAUUCGACUCUUUACACUACAGAUCAGGACCAAACUUCAUCCGAGGAGCGUUUUAUCUCUCUCUCCUUCUCUCUCUGCCUUUUACUUUUUCAUCCUUGUAACUUUUCAGCGCUGGCAUUUUUAUAUCGAUGUAUUUAUAAUGGCCAACCAUUGCUCCUUUCCUCCCCUCCGUCACUUGUGUUCUAGUCAGUCUGUUGUGUGUAUAGGCUACACAUGCACAUGACCGUCUGUCUCGCGGAAGGGCUAGACUUGUUUCGUAUUAUUUAAUUGAUGACCUCUCACAUGGAACGGAGAUUAAAUGUUUCAUUAUUUUCUGAGUGUAUUUUUGUACAAAAUCUAUCGAGGGGGUGUCAAUCGGUGAAUAUCGCUGUUUGGAUUUCCGAUUUUUUAAGCCAGGGGGUUGGGUUGUCUCCAAAAUCUGCCCCCUAAACAUGUUUACAGUGUCAAUCCACAGGCUUCUUAAAGAGACAGUAUCUGCAUUUCAACGACCAAUCGUCAUUAGCCUACGAUGCGCGCGCUGACUGAGGUUGUGUGUAGCUACAGCAGCGAUAGCUGCGAUUUAUCGCGUCCUUAUUGGGGAUACUGUACUUUUUGAAUACCAAUUUCUUUGUGCUUUUAUAGUGACACGUUUCGGUUUGAACCACUGGAUGGAAUUACAGAUACGGUCGAAAUGCCUAUAAUUCAUGAACAAUGAAGUACGUCUUCACUCCAUAAUUGUACAAGGAUAUUUAAUCUUUUCUACUUGUUGGCUAAAUGUAGCUAAUUGUUUUAGUAUAAUAUGGCAUGGCGAAUAGCAUUUUGUAUUUCUGAAUUCAGGUUUAUGUAGAGCAGUUGUGUUUAAGGCAGAGGAUCAACAUGAAGAUUUCUAUGUACAUUGAGUGUAAAAUAAGUAAAAGAUUGCGUGUCUAUGUCUGACGAUGAUUUAUCAUGACAGGAACAAGAACAUAUAUCUUUAUACAUCCCUAUGUUUAAGAGUGUUGUUCAUGACUUUUAGAAUAUAUAGAUAUGUUUUAUUGUUUCAUUUUGUGCAAUAUGCUGUGUACAAUAUUGUUUUGUCUUGCCAUACCAUAUCUCAACAUUUGAGUAGUGAACUCAAAAGCCAGCCAAUUGUGUCAAGUCACUGCCUGUCAGACCUCUGUACAGAACUUUGUCUUUUUCCAAGAAGGAAAUAAAAUCAGCUGGAACUGAA